AUGGAAUUCAAUGAAUUGCCACUGUACGUUUCUGAUGACGAAAAUAUGGAUACUAGUUUUCAAGCUGAACGCAAGAAAAAAGAAAAAAGCAGACGACACAAAUGGAUAAAAGUAAUGGUGUUUAAAAACGGCGAUGAAGCUGAACAGGCAGUGAAAAAGGAAAAUCAAUGGAGUCAACAUUAUACGAAUACCACGUCAGAGGGAAGAAAGAAGGUUUUUAGGUGCAAUCAGGUUAGGCGUCGUGGAAAACAAUAUGACGCCAGUGUUUAUUUAUUAUUUAAUGCUGCUAGUGAAGAAGUUACUUUAUUCCGUAGUACAUCUGAUCAUACUCAUAAUCCUACGCAAGCAAAAUGGACAAAAAUACCGGAUGACGUGAAAGUGGUUAUCAAAGAAUUGCAUGAUUUGAAUUUAAAACCUAAAGCUAUACUUGAAACAUUACAUGAACGUGGUAUAGUGGCACCAACUAUCAAUCAAUUGAACAAUUACUUAAGAGCAUUAAGAAUGAAACGAUUUGGUCCAACAGGGAUAAGUCUUGGUGAAAUUGAGCAGUGGUGCGUGGAAUCGACCAGAUCGAUUCCAGAAUCUGACGAUGUUGGUUUCGUUGUAUCAUAUGAAAUUGUUUAUGAUGAUAAUAUCAAUAAUUAUGUGAAUGGAGAUGACGACGAUGAUGAUGGUGAAAAUAAAUUUCGUUUUUUUGUUUCAACUAAAAGACUUUUACGUACUGCUUCAAGAUCAAAGAAAAUCCAUGCAGAUGCUACUUAUAAAUUGGUGUGGCAAGGCUUUCCAGUUCUUAUCGUUGGCACCACUGAUAUGAAUCGACAAUUUCAUUGGUUUGGGGUUGCCGUUUGUUCAAAUGAAAAAACUGCAGAUUUUACAUUCAUCUUUCGUGCUCUGCAAGAAGGUGUAUCAAAACUUGAUUUACAAAAAAUUGAUCCGGAUAUUCUCAUAGCUGAUGGCUCAGAUGCAAUUCGUAAUGGAUUUCAAUCAGUUUUUGGAGAAAAACCAAUAGUUAUGUGCUGGGCUCAUAUGCGGCGAAAAGUGGUGAAGAAGGUUGAAUCAAUGGUAGACAAGAUGGACAAAGAAGAUUUACUGCAAGAUAUUGAUAUGUUACAACUGGCACAAAGUGACAAGAUUUUUAGGAAAGCUUCUGGUCUUUUCGUCAAAAAAUGGAGUAAAAAGCAACCAGAAUUCAUCCAGUAUUUUGAAAAUGAGUGGUUAAACACGCAUAAUGGUUGGUACGAAGGUAUUCGUCAUUUAACUCCAAGUACAAAUAAUGCUUUAGAGUCAAACAACAGAGUCAUCAAAGAUGAAAACACAUUUCGAGAACGCCUGCCAUUGUCCAGAUUUAAAAUUUUAACACUCGAAAUUGUUGAAAGAUGGUCGAAGUCGUACGAACGAGGUCUCAAAGAAUUUCAUGACAGACAAACGUUAACGCUAGAUGUUUGGACUAGCAGUUAUCAGUGGGUGAAGUUAAAUAAAUCAAUUACAUCAACAAAGUUAGAAAACGAAAUUGAAUUCUACGUACCUGGUGGAGAGAAAUUAGAUAUUAAUAAAAAUGAAAUUGAUGCUAUGAAGAAAAUGAAGUGGUAUUCAUUUGACCAUUAUAAAGCUAAAGCGUUCAAUGUCUGGCAUGUUACAUUACCGUUGGAUGAAUCAAAAUGGAUGGAUGGUCGAUGCAAUUGUCCAGCUUUCUUCAAAAAGUUUAUGUGUAAACAUAUUGUUGGAUUGGGAAUCAGAAUGAAUUAUUGUAAACCACCGCCUGCUGCGAAAAACAUUAAGAUUGGCGAAAAACGACGUCGGGGUCGUCCCACCAAAGCUGGAAAAGCAUUGCUUAUUCAAUAG